AUGUUUCCCAAGUUUCUCAUCGACUACUUUUUCAAAUCACCCAGUAUUGCCAUGGCGAUCAUUGACGAGGUACCAUCUCGGCCAUUAGUACCUCUCCAAUGGGAGUUGGCUCGGCAGACGGAGAUUUUCCUUGAAGAUGGCCUCUUCCCUCAAGCGUACAGUCUUCUUGCCAAUGUACUCGCGUCGGGUACUAUCUCAGGAUCCAAAAUUGUGAUUCCCCAGCCGCAGCAUCUGGCUGUCGCAGCCACGAUGCUUGUGCACCCGAGGACCACCACGCGCGCCGAGUCUGGAUACGAAAAAGAAGCUGCGAAUUCAGCUCUGCGGGUCCUUCGACUAGCAAAUUCUCUAGUUGGGCCGAUGGAUGGAAAGUUCAAUAUCGCGUUCGAAUUCAAGCACUUUGAGAUGUCGCGCCAGGGCAGACGGCGUUUGGACAGUCCGACGCUGGCUGAACCUGUCGACCCGGAUAAGAAACCCCUGAACACGAGAUAUAGCCAAAGCUCGUCACUCUGGACGCGUGCGGAAGACUUCUGGCACGCUGUGGGCUGGGCUUUCAACUGUUCAGUGCUUCAUCCGGCGCGGUGGGAGCGCUGGCAGGUAUGGCUGCAAUACAUGUGCAACGUGCUCGAGGAUGACUGGAAGGAGCGCGAGAAGAUAUAUCUCGAGCUAAAACAAAAACGCAAAGCAACUGAGGAGAUAUUGGAGACCCCGGUCCCACAGGACGAUGACCCGCCACCGAGAAUAGGCAAAGGACGAAAGCCUAAAGUUCAGAUAGACGAGGACUUGUGGGUAUUCCGAGAAAGCCUGAUUUUCGGUUACAUUGUGUCGAACACCACGCCUGGACGGGACCGCCGAAUCAUGCGGGCAAUUUUUGCCAAUGGCAAGUCAAGCCUUGGCGAGUUCAAGGAGGUUUUCAACGACGAACUGAGAAUCCCUGUGCCUGACCAAGAUUCGCAUAAUACCAAGAAAAGGGCAGGCGGAGUUAACCUUGAGAAGGAUGAAUAUGGUGACUAUUUGGACAACUCAGAGGAGGAGUUCGAGACUGGUGCAAGUACGAGCUCAGUAUCCCCUUCAGCCAAGGGGAUCAAGGGUAAUCUGCCACGGCGAACCAAGCGCACCCGACGAGGGACUCGAAACGCAAUGGGCGAUGCCAGUGAACCCGUCAAAGUAUCCGAGGCAGGCCAGACACCUUCCCACGAUGACAGUGGACUCUCUUCCUUCGGCGGCUAUACCUCACUUGCCCUCCGCCAACAACUGCUGAGCAUCCUCUCCAGCGUCUCCGUAAGACUGCCUCGGGAAUUUACGCCCCUCGACGACCUCUACCACACAUUCGUCGAGAACAUCCGUGAUCUUCCACUCCCCAUCUUCCAACACUUCGUCACUCCUUCCAACCUCCCGCACUUUCUGCCCGAGGCACAUUCGACUCUCUGUGAGCUCUUACUCUAUGUUAUGCGCGAGAGCUCUGCACCGAGCUCCAAUAACGACUAUCUCACCCAAGUGAAACUGGAGAAGUGCUUCCUCCCUUACGCGGGAGCCACGCCGAGCGUCAUCAACAAUGCGAAGAUCUCGAUUCUGCUAGAGGCGUUGAUGACACUGCUCCACAGGAGCAAACUGCUAUACGUGACGAACUCGCUCAAGACCGCCGUUCAGGCUGGAAUUGCUCGUCGCGAGAAGUCUUGUCGCGAUCGGGACUCGGUGGAGUGGAUUUACCUGCACGAGAGCGGGCUCAGGAUGCAGUUUAUGGUAGAUUAUAUUCUACCAUGA